AUGGCCACCCCCACUGUCCUAGCUUUUGACACUGAGGGUAGAGCCAUUGACUUUGCAGUCUGGAUGGAAGACCUGCAGCUGUACUUACUGUGUGAUGCGAUAGAUGAGGUCUCUCUCUUUGACUUUGUCUCUGGAGCUGUCCCUGCCCCUCCUGCUGAUGCUGACCCCGCCGUUCGCUCCAAGUGGGCGACCCGCGAUGCUGCUGCACGUCUUGCUGUGCGUCGCCACCUCCCUUCCUCCGAGCGUGCCCACUUUAGUCAGUGCAAGACCGCUCAGGCCUUGUACGACGCUGUAGUUGCACGCUACUCCUCCCCUUCCUCCGCUACGCUUAGCCGCCUCAUGCUACCGUUUCUCUUCCCUGACCUCGCUGCCUUUCCCACUGUUGCUGACCUCGUUACCCACCUCCGCGCUAGUGACGCUCGCUACCGCGCUGCCCUUCCUGCUGAGUUCCGCGCCGCAAACCCUCCUCCCAUGUACAUCACUCUCUACUUUCUCGUCACUCGUCUCCCUGAGUCCCUUCGUGUAGUUAGGGACCAGUUUCUCUCUGUCUGUCCCACCACCCUCACUGGGUGUUCUCCUUCCCCCCUGCUGCCCUCUGUCGCCUCUGCCGCUGCGGCCGACCUCGCUGGUUUUGAGUCGGUCGGUGCGGCGUCUGCCCCCAGCGGUAGACGCCGCAAUGGCAAGGGCAAAGGGGGCAAGGGAGCGGGUGGAGCUAGAGGGGGCGGUGGCGGGGGAGGUGGGGGUGGCGGGGGGAGUGGGGGUGGCGGUGGAGGUGGUGGCGGGAGUGGAGGUCCUAGUGGAGGCGGUGGAGGCGGAGGUGGCGGCGGAGGAGGUAGCGGAGGAGGCGGGGGUGAGGGUGCCGGUGGGGGCGGUGGCGGUGGAGACGGGGGUGGCGGUGGAGGUGGGGGUGGCGGUGGCGGCGGGAGUCGGGGUGGCUCGUCUCAGCGGAGCAGCUCUGGGGGUGGUCAGCGCCAGCAGCAGCAGCAGCAGCAGCAGCCACAGCAAUAG